AUGGAAAUGUUUGCUCUCUGCUCAGAGCACAGGAUGAUGUCAACAGGUGGGGGACAGGCUGGCUUACAGGAGAAGAUGAUCUGCAGGAUCCUGCUGCUCAUCAUCCUCACUUCAUGUGUCUUUGGAUCAUUUGUAGUCAAUGUGACACAGACCUGCUAUCAGGCAGAGGAGAACCACAACAUCACACUGGAGUGGACGUUCACCACCAAACCUGACAGAUCCACCAAAAUGCUUAACAUCCUCUGUUACCUGAUAACUGGUCACGAAGUCUCAGUCCUGUAUCAUGUUCAUGAAGGUGUUGAGUUGUCAGAGUCUCAGGAUGAAAAGUUUUCAGGACGAGUCCAGAGUGACAAAGACGCCCUCAGAGAAGGGCGAAUCAGACUUCAACUGUCCAGACUCAGCGUGGAUGACUCGGGUCGUUACCUGUGUCAAACACCAGAGUUGAAGGGAGCCACUAUGCGGAAGAAGGGGUCCCUUCAGGAUUUUGGCCUCCUGUCAGGCGACUCAGGAGAGAAAGUGGUGCUCUACCUGCAAUGUGUACAGUGCAGGUCUUCCGUGGAUGAAGCAGAGACUGGGAACGACUCAUCUCUCUCUGGGGCUGAGGUCACUGAGGCAGUUAAACAACUCCUUGGUGGCAGGGCCCCUGGGGUAGAUGAGGUUCGGCCUGAGUUCCUGAAGGAUCUGGAUGUUCUGCUGGAGGAUGAAAUUGUUGUCUUCGUGAAGAAUGAGCUAACAAGGAUGAAGAAUUCUCUGAAUCCAGAAUUCUCUGAAUUGUCAGAAAGUCCAAAUGAGGAUGAGGAGCAAAGGAGCAGGAGGGAAGCAUUUCUGAAACUCACAGUGCACUUCUUGAAUAAAAUGAAUCAAAAGGACCUCGCUGCCUGUCUGCUGAGCAAAAACCCUCAUCCACACUUUGGGUAUAAACUUAAAUCUGACUUAAAGAAGAAGUUGCAGCCUGUGUUUGAGGGGAUUUCUAAAGCACGAAACUCCUCCGGUCUGAAUCAAAUCUACACCGAGCUCUACAUCACAGAAGGCAGGAGUGGAGAGGUCAAUAAUAAACAUGAGGUCAGACACACUGAAAGAAAUGUCAGUAAAGGUGAAACAGCAAUCAGAUGUGAAGACAUGUUUAAAACAUCAACUGCAAGAGACAAACCAAUCAGAACAGUGCUGACAAAGGGAGUGGCUGGGAUCGGGAAAACAUUCCUGACACAUAAGUUCACUCUGGAUUGGGCCGAAGGCAAAGCUAACCAGGACAUAAAGUUGAUAUUCCCAUUCACAUUCAGAGAGCUGAAUCUGCUGAAAAAUAAAAGGUUCAGCUUGGUUGGACUUGUUCAUCACUUUUUUAGUGAAAUCAAAGAAGCAGGAAUCUGUAACUUUGAAAACUUCAAAGUUGUGUUGAUCUUUGAUGGUCUGGAUGAGUGUCGAUUUCCUCUGGACUUCCACAACACUGAGGUGCUGACUCGUGUUACAAAGUCCACAUCAGUAGAUGUGCUGCUGAUGAAUUUAAUCACUGGGAAUUUGCUUCCUUCUGCUCACUUGUGGAUAACCACAAGACCUGCAUCAGUGGGUCAGAUCCCCUCCAAAUAUUUAGACGCUCUCACGGAGGUCACAGGGUUCAGUAACCCACAGAAGGAAGAGUACUUCAGAAAGAAAUUCAGAGAUGAGAAGCAGGCCAACAUCAUAUUCUCCCACAUAAAGACAUCAGAAAGCCUCCACAUCAUGUGCCAGAUCCCAGUCUUCUGCUGGAUCACUGCUACAGUUCUGGAAAACCUGUUAAAAAGCAGCGAGGAAAAGAGAUUGCCCAAGACCCUGACUGAGAUGUACAUUCAUUUCCUGGUUGUUCAGACCAAAGUGAAGAAUAUUAAGUAUGAUGGAGGGGAAAGGACAGAUCCACACUGGACUGCAAAGAGUAAGAAGAUGAUUAAAGAACUGGGGAAACUGGCGUUUGAGCAGCUGCAGAAGGGAAACCAGAUCUUCUAUGAAUCAGACCUGACAGAGUGUGACAUUAAUGUCAGAGAGGCCUCAGUGUACUCAGGAGUGUUCACACAGAUCCUUAAAGAAGAGAGAGGGCUGUACCAAGAGACGGUGUUCUGCUUUAUCCAACCGAGUGUUCAGGAGUUUCUGGCGGCUCUUCAUGUCCAUCUGACCUUCACCAACUCAGGUGUCAACGUGCUGGAAGAAGAGCAAACAGCCUCAAUACAGACCAAAGAGCCUUUGGCAAAACACUUCUACCAGAGUGCUGUGGACAAGGCCUUACAGAGUCCAAAUGGACACCUGGAUUUGUUCCUUCGCUUCCUCCUGGGUCUCUCAAUGCAGAACAAUCAGAAUCUCUUACAAGGCCUGCAUUGA